GGUAUCAACAGGAUUUGGAACAUUCAGAUGUGCUCCAUACUGUAACUAUCAUUUACACAUAACUUCAUUUUGACAGCUUCACCUGAAUCAGUUCAUUGAGCUCUGCUUGAACGAGCCAACGUCACCACUAAAGAACGUCCAGAUGAGGACUGGUUUGGUAGCAAUGCAUGAAGGUCCAUUAGCCGCGCUGCCUCUCCAGGAACAGCCUGACAGACAUGUUUACCACCAGGCUGUGGAUGUCUCUUUGGAUGACCGACAAGUUCAAGUUCCUGUCCUGACUCAAGGCUCCAGCAGCCCGCUAAGAAGCAUGUCUGAACUCGUCCCUCUCCUGCACUGUGCUCUGGAUCCUGCAGCCAGUCAUGCUACAAAAUGGAAAGUGUCGCAUGUGGACAACUGUUCCAUGUGCAACACAACUGAGGAGGGUGGCUUGAAGCAGAAUGGACAGUGUGAGUGCAGUAAAAGCUCAGACUUGAUUCCUGGAACAGGUCAGGACACGGAGGUGGCAGAUCUGGAUUGUGGAGCUGCUGUUCACAGUAACUCUCAGAUGGAGGCACAGACUGUAAAAUACUGUGACGCUGUAAUACCUCAGCAACAAGAAGGAAGCCCUACUGAUGCUUCCUGUCCUGCUGAGAUGUUUUCUACCUGCUCACCAGUCCUGGGCAACUAUUGUGACAAACAUCUGCCUGCGUCUGCAUCAGAUGACUGUUCACUGGAUGUGCUGAGGAUAGUAAAGCACAAGCCGAGUGCCAUUGUAUUCUGUGAUUACGACAACCAGGUGAUCACUGUCAAUGAGAGCUCUGAUGACACAGAAUCCUCCUCGUCCACCUCUAAAGAGGGCGAGGAUGAUGAUGAUGUUCCCGAGACGUUACAAUAUAAGGAAUUCCUGGUCAGCCGUCGUCGUAGAAACUUGAGCAGGAACAGGAAGGGCUUGAGGAGGAGACAGGAUGCCCAGCCUAGCAGCACAGCAUCAGCGUGGCAAAAGCCCUCCAACACGGGCAAACCUGAGUUCACAGGUAGCCAGGAGGAAGAGGAUACAUGGCAGAACAAUGGAAAGCAGGCUGCUGCAUGUGACUCCAUGACCCUGCUGAUGAAAAAGUUGGAUCACCUCAAUGAGGAGAACCCAGAAGGCCAAAGCGCUAAUUCCUCCCACUCGUACGCGGCCAAUGCUGAUCCGGAGCUGCAGAGCACCACACAGUGA